AUGAUGCACGAAGUGCUCAUGGCCUUGGCGGGGCUUCCCGGGGACGUCUUUGUCUACGCGCCGCCUGGCCCCGAAGGCCUGUCCUACCGCGAAUCUUCGCGAGUUGUUUCCGGCGAGAACGCGCGAACGGGGGGUUUGUUUCUCAACCCGAAUGUGUCGGCGUUCUUCACGCCUGCAGAAGAGGAGCUGUUGAACCGAAUCGUCGUAUCAGGGUUCCACCUCAUUCAAGUCCGAGAUUUCAUCUCCGGCGUCCAGAAAGGCUCCGCGGCCUUCUCCCUAGACAGCUCUGUCUCUGCGUUUCCCCCCCCUUCUGAGGGGCAAGACGAGAAACAGAGAGAGGAAGAGACAGGGAGAGAGAAAGAGACAGAGACGGAGAGAGAGAGCGAACAGUUCUUUAAAGGCGUUUACUUCUCGGCGCUGGCGCGCGCCAUGGACACGGCUGUGCAAGAGUACCUGACGAAAGUCGUGGAAAUAGAGUCGCAAGUUCUGCUGCAACCCCUCCUCCCUCUCUCAGCCGUUUACGUUCUUCUCGCCACAGAGCGACAGAAACUCGAGACUCUCUACGAGAUUGUCACCAAGCUGGUUUCUUGGCUCCUCGGGGGACAGCUGCUGGAUCCCUACGGCGAGUUUUUUCUCGCUCGCCGCUCGUCUCUCGUGCCCGUCGCUUCAUUCUUCUCUCCGUCGUCCUCUUCCUUCUCGAUCUUCUCGGAUCUUCUGGCGAACACGCGCCAGGACCAACAACGUCUGCCCAGACGCCGAACCGCCCCCCCAACGGCGUCUUCUCUCUCACUCUCUUCUUCGCAGUGUCGUGCUCUGUCUUCCUCUUCUCCCUCUUGCUCCUCUUCUUCCUCUUCUGCCUCUUCUUCCUCUUCUUCGUCCUCUGUGGAUUCGCUCUUUCUGUAUGAAGAUCUCACGCAGCCCUUGUCUCCAUCUCAGCUUUGUUGGGAGUGGGAGAGUGCGUUCUCGCUCGUCUCUUUUCGACUGCCUGCGUGUUGUUUCCACGCGCCGACGCUCGCUUCUUUCUCGCCGCAGGGUUCUUCCCUCGCUCCCUCAAAGCCCGAGAAGCACGUGCAUGCGCCGCUUCUGCCGCCAGCAGCCGCCGGGACGGUCGUCUUCAUCGGCAAGGCCGUUCGCAUCCUGACGCGAAGCGGGCGCUGGGGAGAGGCGCAAAUGCAGCAGAUGAAGCCGCUGAUUGCGCGGAUGCGCCGGGCGUUUCGUCACCCCUCGUCGCCUGCUUCUGUUCUCCUUCCUUGCCUAGAAAUUCUUCGACGCAUCGUGGGGCGUCUGUUGUGGGAACUGAUCGCCGAAGAGGCAGCGCUCGAGGACCAGCUUUUGCUCCUCCACGAUUUCUUCCUCCUCGGCCACGGUCAUUUUUUCCAAGUGUUCUUCGACGCAGCAACGCGAUGCACGCGGCGGCACCUUCCCUCUUCUUUUUCUUCCGCCCUCGCUCUGGUCCCCUCUUCAAGACUCGCCACCACCUUCGAACUUCAGCUGCGACGGUCGUGGCAGCAGGCCAUCGGAGAAAUUGCGUUUUCCGCUUCCUCUGCUUCCUCCUCUUCCUCUUCUUCCUCUGUCAUUUCGCGGCGUGUGGAGGUGCGGGGACCGCCGAAGAGGCAGGAAGACGGCGGCGCUGAAGGCGUGUCGUCCAGGUCGACGACUGUCUCUGGACUCGCUGGGGAAGACGAAGAGGACGAAGCCAGGGCCGUGGGCGACAAACGGAAAGACGGAGAGGAAGGGGCAUACAAACCUCAAGACGGCGCAGACCGACCACCAGUACGGCCUGCGGGGUUGCCAGUGGGCUCCACGCCUUGCGUCUCUCCUCGGUUUGCUUCCGUUUCUCCGCGGUCGGCCUCGUUCGCCGGCUCCACCCGCCCGCCGACGCCAAAAUGUGCUAGGUCCAAUCAACCUGCGUCCUCCCUCCGUUCCUCUUCUUCUCAUCCUUCCUCGUCUCCCUCUUCUUCUGCCGCGGCGAAAAGGCGAUCCGUUUCGUGUGACGGCGAGGCUCUCGUGACCCGGGGAGGCUCAGCGCUGGCACCGCGAGAGGGGAAAGAAAAGAACAGGUUUUUCAUCGAACGCAGAAAGGUUGACGCCGCUCACGGGAAAAAAGAAGACUGGACAGAAGCCGUUCACCGCUCCUUCCGACUCCGCAUUUUGGGGCGCGGUUUCGACGUCACAGAUUUCUGCGCGGAGAGUCGCCGCGCCGCUCGCUUGAGGCGUUUGGAGGCGAAGCACCCUGGCGAUCGCGAGAAAGGAAACGCCCUGCAAGUCGGCGCUCAGUUUCUCCUCCGAGGCCAGGCCAAAGUGCUUGAGAGCGGCCUUUUGGUUUUGGGGGAAGGCGGAGAGCGGCUUCGACAAAGAGAAGAGAGAAGAUCGCAGUCGGGUCGAGCCUCGGAGGAGGAGGUGCCUACCUGUCCCCUCAGCGCUUGCCUUCAUGUGGACAGGCAGAGCGUCACUCACGGCUUCAAGCACUCGGUCCAAUUCCGCGUCUCGGCGCAGUCUUCGCUCCCGUCUCCGACGACGGAGGCUUCUCGCUGCUUGGACUCGCCCGUCUCUUUCGACUUCCAGGGACCGCUGGGCGGCGGAUUCGCUGUGCUCUUUCAGAGCUCGAAGACGCCUGCGUCUUUCCGCCCUCUUGUUCCUCGCUCUUCUCCAGAGAAGCCGGAGAGAGCGCUCGUGUGCAUCCCAGGCUGUCCAUUGUUUUGGCCGGAAGCGGGAGACUGCAUAGCUGUGGAGGCGCGUGUCGCGAAAGUUCCUCGCAGCAGCUUUCAGGCGCUGGAGAUCGACGAGGACGGCGGGGCCGAGAAGGAAGGAGAUUUCUCGGAGUCGAUGCGCGCGUUGCGGCUCGACGAUGAAGCCGUUCUCGUCGCUGAAGUCGCCGUCUGCCUCGGAGGAAAAAACACCCAGAGCACCUUCCAGCAGGAAGCCAUCUCCGACUCCGCUUCGGGUCUUUUCUCCUCUUUCGCGAAUCCCAACGCGUCUCUUUCUGCUUCGGAGUCUGCCGCUGGCGACGCAGCGUCUUCGCUCCCGGAGGUUUGCAUGGUUCAGCGGGCACGGCGCGUGUGGCGACUUCACGCGUGCGAGGAUCUCGGAGACGAGCUGUUCACACUCAAGCUGCACUAUCUGGCGGAACACCACGAGUUGCGGGUGUACAUCCAGCGGGCGUCGGACUCCGGGGAGGAGGACACUCGAGCAAGACUGACAGAAAAAGAGAAAAAGUACCAGCAGCCGUCGCUUCGUGAGCGACAUCAGGAGUCUCCCCUUCUCCGCAUCCCUCUGUUUGACCUCUCUCAGGUUUUGACCACGGAGCAAGGCGCAGCAUUCGUCGGGCUCUUCAGCGUUCCUCUCUUCCACCAGCAUCGUGUGUCGCCCUCCUCGCCGUUUUUCGCGAAAAGAGGAGACAGAGGACGCACGGCAUCGGAGCAACCGACUGGCUGCGUUGCCGUGGCUGCGAGUGACUGCCCGGUCGUUGUUCAAGAGUGGAGCCACGAAGCGCAUCCCGCGCCGCUGCAGCUGCCUUCGCUCCUCUUCUCCGACGCCCUCUCGCCUGCGCAUGCGUCCGCCGCCGCGGCUGCCUCGAGUGUGUCGCUUUCUGACGGAUUCGGGGAGACGCGAGAGAGCGGGUCUCUGUCUCAGCGGGGCAAAAGGCCCCCGACCCAAGCAGAUCUCUGGCAGCAGCUUCAGCUGCUCUUUCUUCCUCGCUGGCCGACUCCACUCCUCAUUUCGACGCGCAACCUGGACUGCUACAACGCCCUCUUCCAGUUUCUUCUCGAGCAAAGACACCUCCAGUACGAGCUGCAGCGCCUGUGGCUGGACGCCGGCUUCAUCCAGAAACGUCCUCCCGGCGCAGAAGAUCGGGACGAAGAGGAGAGCGCGUGCUGGGACAUGCUCUGGACGCUGCGGACCCGCAUGGCCUUCCUCCUCGGCCACGUCUUACACCAUCUCCUCACGGUUGUCGUCCAGCCGGCGUUCCGGCAGCUGCAGAACGUCGUGCGCGAGAGCGAGGACUUCGAGCUCGUCAAGUGCAGCCAUGACGCUUUCCUUCUUCAGCUUGCCUCCAAGUGCUGGCUGCGCCUUUCCUCGCUCCUGCGACCGUUCCUCCAUUCCCUACACGCCGUGAGGCGCUUCAUCGAAGUGUUUGCGCUCCUCGUCGACCGCCACACAGCGGCUGCAGUCAGGAGUACGCAGAGAGGAGAGAGAGAGCGAUGGAGACGCGCGCAGAGAGACACGAGAGGACGAACCGGCGGCGAGAAGAGCGCCCUGGAUCUCUCGAACUCGGUCUCCGGGUCUCUCGUCUCUGAGGCAGUCAUGAGCACCGCGGAGUGGCGAAUUGUUCGCCAAAAGUUGCGCGCGAUUCGAGACGGCCUGCACCAGGGAGUCUUGGCGUUUUUCGCGGAGCUCGCGGCCAUUCGCCAGAAUCCGCUGCAUGCGCAGCUCGACGCUCUCAUGGUCGACUUUGACUUCAAUGGUUUCUUUUCCGACCUCGCGAGUCGAAGACACGAGCCUGUGGCCCAUUCGCUGCAGUCUCCUGCGUGCGCUUCUUCGCGCAUUGAUCCAACGAGAGGCGCCUCGGCCUUGGCUGCGUCGGCUGCGGCUCUGCAAGUCUUCAAAGCGAGGCAGCGGCGCGCUCGGUGUGCUGUGAGAGAAGGAAGGCCCCGCCGCCCGGGGACGCCGCGACCUGGACAGCCACCGCAUGCAGAAGAGGCAGAAGAGAGAGAAGAGGAAGAGGCAGAAGAGAGAGAAGAGGAAGAGGCAGAAGAGAGAGAAGAGGAAGAGGCAGAAGAGAGAGAAGAGGAAGAGGCAGAAGAGAGAGAAGAGGAAGAGGAAGACGUGCUCGGACUGACAGAAGAUCCCCUGUUUGUUUUGGCACCAGAAGGAGCACGCAGGCGGAGUGGCGGGGAGCGAGAAGGACUCGAGGAGCCCAACGGUCACUUUGACUCCUGUGUCCGAGCGAGUGUGCACGCAGCUGAGGACGGAGAAAGCUGUGAGAGAGGAGACCGAGAUGCGUUUUAUACAGACUUGCAGGGAAACAACACAGUUAUCCUCCUCGCUUCUUUGGGCGACAAGAUCACCAGUCACUUCCAGCUGUCCUGCUACGGCAUUCACCAUCUGUUCAAGUAG